CUUGUAAACAAUUGACGGAAAAUUCGUCGGUGUCAACAGUAAUCACGAUUAUUCGACAGACGCGUAGUUUCCUUGUUAUACAUUGUUGUCCACAAUUAUUUACGCUUUAUCUGACCUGUAAAAAAAUUGAAUUCUGCUUACAGUUUGUCUCUUGCUUGGCAAGUGAAAAUUGCUUUUUAGAAUAAUCACAAUCUCUAUUGUUGUAGAAAUAAUUUGAAUAUAAAGUCCCUGCGUCUUACAUCCUCGAUCGAUACAUUGACCACGAUGGACAAAGACUGCUUUCCGGAACAUGAAGCGUUGAUGUCUGACUUUAAGAUGUGGCAGAAGAAUAAUCCUGGAAAAUUUUCCUGCGAAGGGACAAGUGUAACUGAAGAUGGUCGUCUGGUUCUUGAUUUGUCGAUACACGAUACCAAGUUUCGUUUACUCUGUCCUGCUGGUUAUCCGAAGCAUGAAGACAGCUUCUACAUGGAAACACAGUGCAUGGAUUUCUGGUGCAUUGCCCUAAACGAAUUCAUCAUAGAUUUCCCAGAGAAAUUGACCAUUGGGGCUAUAUUAGCAAAGGCAUUCCUAUACUAUACACCAUCCUCUGAAAAUUGUCGUCACGACAGUUCUGAUCUAGAAUCCGAUAACGAGGACGACAUUGAUCUCUCGAGCUCGGAAGAUUCUGACUCGAGUGAAAUUACUCAGUGGAAAUGUAUAAUUUCUAAAAAGAAGAGAGAGUGGAGAGCAAAGGAAGGAGAGCUGAGACUGAAAUACAAUCGUCCAAAAAUAUCAGACAUGUUCGACGGUGUUAGCAUGGAGCAUCCUCAGCAAGUUUUUAGCAACUCAGCUGCCUCCGCCAUCCUUAUCAACGAUCUGAUAAAUGUAAUGAGCAGCGAGGUGUCCAGCGGUAUAGUCGUCAACCCGAUAGACAAUAACAUUUGCAGAUGGUCUGUAUUCCUGAAAAAUUUUCGCCCAAAGUCAAAAAUAUCACAAGACUUAAAAGUGGUCAAGCAAUUGUAUGGAUAUGAUCACAUUCAGUUGGAACUUGAUUUUGCAAUGGAUUUGUAUCCGUCUCAUCCUCCACUCCUUCGAUUUAUCAAACCAAAGUUGAAGAAUGUAUUUGAACAAGAGGACUUCGUUAAACUAGCCAACUGGAAUCCGGCAAGGAAUAUGGCCUCUGUGCUUAUGGAAAUCAAAGAUUACAUUGACAAUAACGGAACUGUCGACAUUCACAAUAGACAUAAUGGCAUCAGAGUUGGGGCCCUCAAGAAAAUCUUACUCGAACUAAACGAAGCCCUGACUAGCGAGCCAACGUACGAAUUGAACACAAGUAUUUGCACAACAGAUAUCCAAAGUGCUGUACCGAUAUCACCUGAAUUCCGUCCUUUGCCGCUGUUCGAUAUCUUGAAAACGAAUAAUAACGAAAUCGAAUUGAUUCUGAUAAGAUUUUUGAACUGUUUUCGAAACGAAUGCGACAACUUGUCUUUGAAUUGCGUCACGCCUGAUUGUUCAACAACUCAUUCAUACUUCACUUUCAAUCUCACGUCGAACGGUAAUCUGUUCGACGAACAGAACCACGAGGAAUCGGCAAAUUGCAAGCCUUCCUGUUACUCCUCGCUGAUAUUCAAGACGAUCAAUCGUCUUAUGGAGAAUGAAACUAUAGCUACACAAAGUUGUUCCUCAAAGUACGGAACAGCAGAUAUUCGUUCAUCCGACCGGAAUCACUGUAACAUUAUCACAAAUCCAUCUUUUGAACUGGGAUCACAUUCACAAUGCGCACCAGGAUUACAAAACAAAAGGUAUUCGAUCAAGAAUAUCCCCAUUGGUAAAUUCAUUAGUUCCGCAAGCAGUUCUAGUACGAACAGCAAAAAUAAUGACAGUGUAAUCAAACGAAGAAAUGAACCAGCCAUCAACCAGAUGGACAAUGAUAUCGUAUCCACUUUUAAUACCAACAUCAAAACUCCGAAAGAAUUAUCUGUAACGGUAUCAAAUGAUUCGAUGCUUAUACUGAAUAGCAACUUUUAUUGCGUUGUACAAAUUCUUGAAGAGAGCGUACUGCUUCCGUUCAUCAAAUCCAAACUCUCCGCAGACACAUUUUUCGAAAUAUGGCGCUCGAUGCCGCUCUAUUCAAGGAUUAUUGAUAUACUAAUUGAACUGGCAUCAUAUCCAGACUUUAUUGAUUUACUGACAACUACCGAUGCACAAGACAAAAGUGUAGCUGAUCUCAUGAAAAUUCAGGAAGAGAAUGCCAAAUUGAUUUUGGAUAUUCUAAAUGAUAUUCAGGGUAAUCAUCCCAUCGCCCAAGGGGAUCUGAAAAAAAUACAGCUGGCAACAAAUAUAAUUGCUGUUUCUAAGUCGAUCAAAUCGAGCCUAUCGACUCGAUGCAACAGAGUAAAGACUGAAAAAGAAUUCUCGAUCUCGAAUGAACUGAUUCUGAAUACCGACUCACAUAGUCAUCAAGUCAAAAACUUGGAUCUCACCUACAAAGACUCACUGAAAACCCUUCAAUUUUGUAACUGUAAUAUUAACUUGGAAACUCACACUUUCAAAAACGAUUACAUUGCCGACAUCGGAUCGCCCAGAAAUUAUUUUCGUGUGGCCCAAGAGUUCGCUGUUUUGUCGAAAACGCUUCCGCUGGAAUUGAAUUCAGCUAUAUUCGUCAGGAUAGACAGUUCAAAAUGUUUUCUCAUGCGGGCACUGGUCACUGGAAGUGAAGACACUUGCUGCAGUGGAUGCUGCUUCAGCUUUGACAUUUAUCUGAAGAAGGAUUACCCCAAUAGUCGACUGGAAAUUAGCUGCACUACCUUUCCCGAUGGAGAAACUUGUAAUCUUGCAUGUUGCGAAGUCUUGGAUACACUUGGCAAAGAUAUCUCGACCCAAGACGCUGACAUCUGGACCAACUCUUCAACUAUUUUGCAGGUGCUAACGUUCAUCCAAACCAAAUAUCUCCCUCUUCGAUUAUCUGGUGAAUAUUUGAAAUAUAGAAGCGGCAAGGAAUCGGGGAUUUCCAAAGAAGUGUUAAUAACAAACAACAUACAGUUCGGUAUGAUUGAUCAAAUGCGCAAGCCAACAUCUGGAUUUGAAGAUGUCAUAGCAACUCAUUUCCAUUUAAAGAGAGAUCAAAUACUUUCCGAACUCGAACAAUAUGAGUUCCUGCGAAACUCUGAAAUAUUCGACUCUCUGAAGAAGGAGUUUUACCGUCUUACCUGCAGCCAAGGAAACGUAGUUCCGUGAUUUAUAACAUCAAACAAUCUGCGGAACUACCAUGCAGCUUUUCUUAUCGAUGAAUAAUCGCGCGCACAAGCUUACUUGAUAACGAAAAAUCGGUACAUUAAGAGAAAAACAAAAAAUAAUGUUAAUCUAGACCUAUUGAAUGAAAAAUUAAGCACAUUGACAUAAACUGGACAUGAAACGCAGCUGGAAGAAAAAGAAAAUGACCUUUGAAUGAAUUUGAGUUUUUCACAAAUCUUAAUUAGUUUAACUGAAACAGCCAAAGAAUGAUAAUUUACUCCUUCGAUCGACUUUCCCUGAUAUCCGAAACUUCGUGCCUAAGUUUAUAAUGCAAACUUCAUAUCUGUGAUAAAAAUAAUAGUCGAUAGUUUUGUACUUUCUUGAAUAUUGGUACUAUUUUAGGUACUAAAAUAUUGUGAUUACCGAUGAUUAUAAGACUUUUUCAAUUUUAACACGAAACUAGUACAAUAGAAAUUGCCCUCAAAUAAGUCAAUAAUUACAUACAUAUAUUGACGUAUGUGCCGUAGAAUAUAAUGAAUUUACAAUAUUUCUAGAAACGGGAUAAUUUUACCCUACUUCAUCAUUUGUACAGCACAUCAAAUUUUCCAGUACUGAAUUUUAAUUCCAUUUAUUUGAAGAUUCCUAAAUUGAUAAUUUAUUUUAUAGGUAUAUACAUAAUAUACACAUAGUGUAAGGUAUUGUUAUACAUAUAUUUUGUACGCGCACGAAUAAUUGACUGAAUCUAAUUGUAAAGUUUAGAAUUCCGGAUUUACAUGAGCACAAUUAUUAUAUAUAUAACCGUAAUAUAAAUUUGACAAAUCGCGAUGUAAGAAUAAUUACAUCGAGUAUGUAAAAGUUUUGAAAUACCAAGUAACUUAUAUGCAUGUAUUUUUCUUGAUAAUUAAUGAAUAAUAAAUGUUUCGGAAAUAUGUAUUUCACAACCGUUUCGGCUUUAUAUUUCUGCAUUUUAAUAGAGCAGAUAAUCUUUUGAGAACACGGUUCGCUAAUCACCGGAUAAUAAACUCAACGGUAAUAUGGUAAUCACGAAUCAAAUUGUACAUGUAUAUUCCACCAUUUAUUGAUAGAUAAACAUUUAUGAAAAUUUAUAAAACUUGAAAAAAUUAUUACUAUAGUAAUUAUUAUACAUGUAUCCACAUAUUAUAUUACUUGGAUUCAUGGAGAUAGUUCGUUAUAAGACUUACUUCGAUUAUACAAUUAAAAUUUAGAAAAUAUUUGUCUUUUUAACUUGUAUUACUUAUAGCUGCAAAGGAGUAGUUGCCAGGCUCUUUGAUGAACCUUCAUUAAGAAUAAACGAAAAGUAGCGGAACUCGCUAUUCCUGCGGUAGUGCGGAAACGGGUGAGGUCCUAAAAUAUUGA